AUGGGGCUCAGGUCGAGAAAUGGCGCUAACGGCGCUCAGGACUCUGGUGAGCAGCGGAAAGACGCGGUGGUCGGGGAACUCGAGACAUGCACGAGCCACGAGCGGGACGGCGCGCUGCUGCUCGCCACCUCGGCGAGGCAAGCAGAAUUUAAACGGGGCUCGCAGAACUUUGGCCUUUUGGCCAAGACGCCUAUCGGCUACACUCGGCCCGUGAAGAGGAACAACAUCCGGAAGCGGCGCAUCCAGAAUCUCAUCUACGAUGCACUCGAGAGACCACGGGGAUGGGCGCUAGUGUACCACGCGUUUGUGUUUUUGAUAGUCCUGGCAUGUCUUAUUUUGGCGAUUCUAACAACGUUUAAAGAGUAUGAGGAUGACUCGGGUCACUGGCUGGUGGUUCUGGAGACAUUCACUAUUUUUAUUUUUGGAAGUGAAUAUGUGCUGAGGAUCUGGGCAGCAGGAUGCCGUUGUAGAUAUAAAGGUUGGAGAGGACGUCUCAAAUUCGCUCGCAAACCACUGUGUAUACUGGAUAUCUUUGUGCUGAUAGCAUCAGUGCCAGUUGUUGCUUUGGGUAACCAGGGAAAUGUUUUGGCUACAUCUCUUCGGAGUCUGCGCUUUCUGCAGAUUCUGCGUAUGCUGCGCAUGGACCGGCGAGGUGGCACCUGGAAACUGCUGGGGUCUGCAAUAUAUGCUCACAGCAAGGAACUGAUCACUGCAUGGUAUAUUGGCUUCCUGUCUCUUAUCCUGUCCUCCUUCCUGGUCUACCUGGUGGAGAAAGAUGUUGUCUUGAUGACUCUACCCAAUGAUGAAGAUGGUACCCCAGCACCCAGCCAGGACUUUGAUACCUAUGCUGAUGCACUGUGGUGGGGACUGAUAACUUUGACAACCAUUGGGUAUGGUGAUAAGACACCAAAGACGUGGCCAGGACGUCUACUUGCUGGGACCUUCACUUUGAUUGGUGUUUCUUUUUUUGCAUUGCCAGCAGGUAUUUUGGGUUCUGGUUUGGCUCUUAAAGUUCAGGAGCAGCACAGACAGAAACAUUUUGAGAAACGCAGGCACCCUGCAGCUGGACUCAUACAAUCAGCCUGGCGAUACUAUGCUACUAAUCCAGUCCGAGAAGACCUUACAGCAACAUGGAGAUUCUACGAAACAGUGAUCUCUCUGCCAUGUUUCAGGAAAGAAAAUUUGGAAGUGAUUGCAAGUCAGAAGCUGACUCUGUUGGAUCGUGUGCGGCUGCCCACACCAAGGCCAUCUUCAGUGAGAGGCUGGCUUAUGAUGCCUGCUGGGAAUCCUGGAAGUGGAGCAGGGAAUGGUGGACCAGCAGAGGUGGCUGAAGAGAGUCCAUCUAAAGAAGCAAAACCUGCUGGCUUCAGCAACAGAGAGAGAUUCAGAACUGCAUUCAGAAUGAAAGCCUACUCUCUGAGACAGAGUUCAGAGGAUACAGCUGGGCUGCCAGACCCCACCCCUGAAGAGAAGGGCUUCCCUCCUGACAUCCUGAUGGAGGAGAUGAUACCUACUCUUAAAUUAGUCAUCAGAGCAGUCCGGAUUCUGAUAUUCCUGUUGAAUAAAAAGCAUUUUAAGGAAACCCUGAGGCCAUAUGAUGUUAAGGAUGUGAUAGAGCAGUACUCUGCAGGACACCUGGACAUGCUUUGCAGAAUCAAAUACCUUCAGUCAAGAAUAGAUUUGAUUUUUUCUCCUGGUCCACCUCUCACUCCAAAAUAUAAAAAAAACCCCAAAACACCUUUCCCUUAUCCAUCUCAACAGUCUCCCAGACAUGAAGCAUAUCUGGCUAAAGCAGGCCUGCCAGAUACUGAGGACCAAAGCUUGAUGGGCAGAUUUGUGCGGGUAGAGCGACAGGUGACGGACAUGGAAAAGAAACUUGACUUUCUGGUGGACAUGCACAUGCAGUAUGACCUCACAGCCCCCGCCCCCAUUACCAUGGAGCGCAGUGAUGUUACAGUCAGUAUCAGUGGAGACCGAGUGUACUGCACCUAUGCUCCUCCUGUUCCCUACAGCCAAUACUACAUACACUCUCACACACUCUCACACACAAACCCACCCCGUCCCACUGUCCUACCCAUCAGCCCACUGCCAAGCCACUCCCCUAACUCUCACUUUGAACUAUCUGAACGGCUGUAUUUGGACCAAAGGGCAGGCACACCACUGUCAUUGCUGUCUGUCACACAUGAGGAGCUAGAACGAUCUCCCAGUGGUUUCAGCAUCUCUGCCGAGAAAGAGGACAUUACAGGCAAUGGGUUGGGAGUCAUGGCAAGGUUGAGCUGGGGACAUGAAUGCCAAUAUUUAGCAGAGGGUGAAACAGAUACAGACACUGAACCUUUCACCCCGAGUGGACAGGCUCCACUGUCCUCUACUGGAGAUGUGUUCCCUACAGAGGAAGUGUGGAUCACCCCACCUUGA